UCCUGUAUGAUUUCUUUGAGAACAUUCUUGUUUCUUUAAAUACUUUCUCUAGCCUAUGUUUUAGAGCAUGUGCAGAGUACAUUUCCCUCAUGACUAUCAGACUACCCACCAGGGACUUGUGGGGAUGGCUGCCAGGUCACAAGGAACAUCUUUUCUGGGACGCCUGAGCUUUCCCAGCACUAAUGUUAGAACUGAAUCCCUGCCACCAGCCCUGCUGAGAAUGAUGAAAUACCUUGACUUACACAGCAAGCUCUGGAAACUUCUGUUCAUACCUCUCCAGCCUGAACAAGGCCUGCUGUUUAGACUUUCUCCUUUAGCUAAAGUGCUCUAAACAGUUCCCAUCCAAUUCAGUGAUUGACUUGUUGCCAGUUCAGGAAACCAGAAACUCCUGAGAUGACCUCGCAGCACCAGCUGGUUUCUGGCAUGGAAGCACCUGCCUUGUGUUUCGUGCCAAGCAUUCGUUCCCUAUAUGCAGUCAAAGGAGGAGAAGGAGAAGAAGACGGCUCUGCUUGCCAGGAAGGAGUCAUGGCGGCUGUGUUCCUCCCAGGGAACCUUCAAGAUGAAGCCACUUGCUCCGUCUGCCUGGAGUAUUUCAAAGACCCCGUCUCCAUCGAGUGUGGGCACAACUUCUGCCGGGCCUGCAUCACUAAGAGCUGGAAGAGCCAGGACAGAGAUUUCCCUUGUCCCCAGUGCAGGGAGAUUACCCAAUACAGGAACUUCAGACCCAACCGACAGCUGGCCAACAUGGCUGAGAUCAUCAGCCAGUUCAUCUUGCGUGGUGUGAAGGGCCUUGAAGAGGAUGGGAUGUGUGAGAAGCACAAGGAGGCUCUGAAACUCUACUGCAAGGAUGACCAGAAGACAAUCUGUGUGGUGUGUGACCGGUCUCGGGACCACAGGCCUCAUGCUGUGGUGCCUGUAGAAGAAGCUUCCCAGGAGUACAAGGAACAAAUACAGACCCGCUUGGAUUUUUUGAAAAAGGAGAGACAAGAGCUUCUGGAAUUCAAAACACAAGAUGACCAAAAAAGCCAAGAUCUUUUGAAAACAAUAGAGAUGGAGAGGCAGAAAGUGAUCUCUGAAUUUGAGGGGCUGCGUCAGUUCCUGUAUGAGCAGGAACAGCUUCUCCUGGGACAGCUGGACAAGAUGGAGAAGGGCAUCACCAAGAAGCAGAACGAGAACAUCACAGAGCUCUCCAAGGAGAUCUCGCUCCUCAACAAACUCAUUUCUGACUUGGAGGAGAAGAUCCAAGAGCCAGUGCUUGAAUUUCUUAAGGAUGUGACAAGUGCCCUUGUCAGAAGUGAUGAUCUGAAGUGUCAGCUGCCCAUCCCUGUUUCUUCUGACAUGAAAGGCCACAUCUCCAAUUUCUCUCUGAAGACUGUGGUCCUCAAAGGAGUGCUGAAGAAAUUCAAAGACAAUCUGCGAGAUGAACUGGGGAAAGGUGAGAAAGAGGACCUGCUCCUGGACCCUGAGACAGCCAACCACCUCCUCAUCCUCUCAGCAGACCUCAAGAGUGUGAGGAUGGGAUGCCGGAAGCAAGACUUGCCUGACAGCUCUAAACGCUUUGACACCAACUCCCGCGUUCUGGCGACUGAAGGAUUCAAGACAGGGAGGCAUUACUGGGAGGUGGAGAUGGGGUCUGCCGAUGGUUGGGCCUUUGGAGUGGCCAAGGAAUCAGUGCGAAGGAAAGGACUGACCCAGUUUUGUCCUGAAGAGGGAAUCUGGGCCUUGCAGCAAAAUGGCGGCCGGUACUGGGCUGUGACCACCCCUCAGAGGACGCCAAUUUUCUUGCCCGAGAGGCUCAACAAAAUCAGAGUCUACCUAGACUAUGAGGGGGAAGAGGUGUCUUUCUACAAUGCUGAGAACAUGCAACACAUAUUUACAUUUAAUAUUCCUUUCACUGAGAGGGUAUUUCCACUCUUCUCAGUUUGCUCCACUAUGACUUACAUUAAAAUCUGUUCUUGAAUAUGA